GAAGAGAUGUCAGGAGAAAGCGUGGUGAGCUCAGCGGUGCCAGCGGCUGCUACCCGCACCACUUCCUUCAAGGGCGCCAGCCCCAGCUCCAAGUACGUGAAGCUGAAUGUCGGGGGAGCCCUCUACUACACCACCAUGCAGACGCUCACCAAGCAGGACACCAUGCUGAAGGCCAUGUUCAGUGGGCGCAUGGAGGUCCUCACCGACAGCGAAGGCUGGAUCCUUAUUGACCGCUGCGGGAAGCACUUCGGGACAAUACUCAAUUACCUUCGAGAUGGGGCUGUGCCCUUGCCUGAGAGCCGCCGGGAGAUCGAGGAGCUGCUGGCGGAGGCCAAGUACUACCUGGUACAGGGACUGCUAGAAGAGUGCCAGGCUGCCCUACAACAGAACAAAGAUACUUAUGAACCCUUCUGCAAGGUUCCUGUCAUCACCUCCUCCAAGGAAGAACAGAGACUUAUAGCGACUUCAAAUAAGCCGGCUGUGAAGCUGCUCUAUAACAGAAGUAACAACAAAUACUCCUACACCAGCAAUUCUGACGACAAUAUGUUGAAGAACAUCGAGCUCUUUGAUAAACUUUCCCUGCGCUUUAAUGGGAGGGUCCUAUUCAUAAAGGACGUCAUCGGGGAUGAAAUCUGCUGCUGGUCCUUUUAUGGCCAGGGCCGAAAGAUUGCGGAAGUCUGUUGCACAUCUAUCGUCUAUGCCACCGAGAAGAAGCAGACCAAGGUUGAGUUCCCCGAAGCCCGCAUUUAUGAGGAGACCCUGAACAUUUUGCUGUAUGAGGCCCAGGAUGGCCGAGGACCUGACAAUGCACUUCUGGAGGCCACAGGUGGGGCGGCUGGGCGCUCCCAUCACCUGGACGAGGACGAGGAGCGGGAACGGGAGAGGAUCGAGCGAGUACGGAGGAUCCACAUCAAGCGCCCAGACGACCGGGCCCACCUCCACCAGUGAGCAGGCCAGCCAAAGCUGCCCUCCACCCUCUCUGCCCCUGCCCCCUCAGACCCUGUGCAGGCUUCGGGGUACCUCCCAUUUCCCCUGGAGUCACUUUUGUAACAAGCCAGAUGAUUAUUUUGAUAUUUCUCCGACACAGUGGAUUGCUUCUGUGUUGACCCAGGUGUGCACCCCUUCUGAACAAGCUUGUCUGAGGGCUCAAACUCUUGUGAGAGCCCAGAGCUGGGCUUUCUCGGCUCUUGGAGGAAAAGUAUGAGUGAGUUUGACACGUAUGUGAGAGCCUUUGUUGUGGUAUUUAUUUUUAUGGGUGUUGACUACCUAUUAGGGCUUCUUAAGUGACACUCCUUCAAGGGCUCAUUUGACGGUUCUGAGAGGCUGUGUGGUUGGCAAGCAGCCAACCAAGAUGCCUGGGAGCAGCCUGGCCCCUCUGUUCUGACCAUGCUGGGAGUCUGUUCCGUACAUGGUUUUGUGACUAGUUCUCAUUGGCCAAUAGUUUCAUCCUGUAGUAGUGGACAGGGGACCUCAUGUGCUGCCAGCCCCACUGUCUGGCAAGGACCAGACCGUUUCCUGGCAGUGGGCUCUGCUGUCAUCUGUGUCCUUCCCAUUGCUGGGCUUGACACACCCCACCCCAGGUCAUCUGAACACUUCCAGCCACUGCUCCAGACCACUGCCUUAAGGGUCUGCUCCCUGCGAGGCCUCCUUUUCCUCAAGUAGGUGCUUUGCCCUUGGUUAGGAACUGUGUGGACCCAGACACAGACACCGCUAGGAGCUUGCAGACUGUCUCAGGGCAUUUCCCUGCUUGCUAUCUCCUGUAGCUCCCUUCAACUUUUAUUUCUCUGCAGAGUUCAUUGGUGUGCAGAUACCUUGAGUCCUGUUUGUGUUCGAGGAUGUGUGUGACUGCUGGUGGGGAUGUGUGACUGUGGGGCACAGGUGCAUGAGGAGGACAUGCCAGCUACCUCUAGUCCACUCUGCGCCUGUGCAGAUGUGUCACGACUGACACUGGUGGUUGUGAGUACACUAGUUACAAGGUAAGGCAAGGAUGCUUGAUGAAGGAAUUGUUACUACUUUUUAGACCAAAGGUAUGAAGUGGGUAAUCUCUGACGUGCUUCUAAAGUUUCUAUUUUGUGAGGGUUUUUACAGCUCACUUUGUGCGUGACAGUCGUAUCUCUUGUAUCUGGCAGCAAAGCCAACAAUAAACAAUCCCGACUGGAUCGAGGAACCAUGUACCGGGUAGAUGUUUUUUACACAGUGGUGUGGUGAAACUUUUGUAUUACGAGCCAAGAAAGGGAGCUUACAAAUCAUGUUUUAUGAGUUUUUAUACUGUUUGUUUCACACGUCAGCCCUGCCCUGUGGGUUCAGCUUUUUUAGGGAGUAAAAGUGAAUGUUGAGUCCUGGUGUUUUCUGUAGGAAUGAAAAAGCCAUUGUAUACACUGUUUAAAUGUUGGUGUGCAGAAUGAGUUGGUGGCCCAAUUGACUUGCAGUGGCCCCUGCACCUCAUGGUUACUGUUUCGGCAGCUCUCUCUUCCUUCCUCUUUCCUCAAUCCUUGUGCCUGCAGCUUUGCACCUCCGCUCCCAGGGAUGGGAACAGGCCUGGCAAACAUUCCAUGGUGCCUGAUACCGCCGGCAGCUGUGUCCACUAGGGCCUGACCCAGCGUCAGUCGUUCCAAAGCUCUGCUUCUAGAUUUUCAGGGCUAGCAUGAAGAGCAGUAGUCAGCAUUUCUAGUUCAGAGCCGUCCAGUGAAUCACUGGUCUUGAGUUUGGUGUAAAGACUUCGGAGUUUUAUUGCACACUAAUGGCUCACAAUUAAAUUGGAAUAGUUUUUUGUCCAUGGUAACCAAAUUCAGUGUGUGUGGCGACUGGGGCCCACACCCCCAGCAGGUCCUGGCAUGGCCUCCUGUCACCUUCUUAUGGAAGAAGGGCUGUUUGAUCUCUCUAUAAAUCAUGGUCGCAUUUAGGUGCAACCUCCGUACCUGCUGCUCACUGCUGGUAUUCUGCCCUCCCCCAGGGUGCAUGCGGGCUAGAGGGCUCCACCCAAAGUCACUGGUCACCUUAGCACAUCACUAACCUCCUGUCUACACUGUGGAAACAAUGUUGGGAGUUUAGACAUGCUCACUGUUGUACAAGCAUCUGUGGACACAUGUAAAAUAAAAGUUCAACUGUGUUUCUACUCA